CCAGUCAUCUAGUUUUAGUAGGAGUAAAAUCACCGGGUUUUAGUCUUAUUUGGUAAUAUUUCUAAACUUUAACCUUUAUUGUGUUUCUGUAGGAUGUGUAGGGCGUCAUGUUAGACUGUUAAAGUUUUUAUUUUUUUUUUUUUAUUUAUUUUAGCGGUCGUCAUCAUGCCGUACCUGGGCGGUAAGGAGACGGUGAAGGAGCUGAGGAGAGCUCUGUCCAACCCAAACAUCCAGUCCGACCCGCUGCGAUACCGCAACAUCAUCAUGAAGGUUAUCAGGGCGAUGUCUCAGGGUGUGGAUGUGUCCGACCUCUUCAGCGAGAUGGUGAAGGCGUGCGCCACUGUGGAUGUGGUUCAGAAAAAACUGGUGUACAUCUUCCUGUGUUCCUACGCCACCUUGAACCCGGAGCUGUCCCUGCUGGUCAUCAACACUCUGAGGAAAGACUGCCAGGAUCCCAACCCCAUGGUCCGCAGCCUCGCUCUGAGGAGCAUGACCAACCUGAGGUUGCCCAGCCUGGUGGAGUACGUGGAGCAGCCUCUGACAGCGGGACUGAGAGACAGAGCGGCCUGCGUGCGACGGGUGGCGGUGCUUGGAUGGGCCAAGCUGCAGAAUCUCCAACCCGGCUCAGACAUAGAUGCGGCGGUGGUGAACGAGCUGUACAACCUGCUGAGGGACCCGGACCCUGUGGUGAUGGUGAACUGCCUCCGAGCUCUAGAGGAAAUCCUGAAGGAGGAAGGAGGAGUCGUUAUUAACAAACCCAUCACUCAUCACCUCCUCAACAGGUUGAAGGAGUGCGACGUUUGGGGUCAGUGUGAGGUUCUGAGGGUCCUCCGGCGCUACCGGCCCCAGUCGGAGGAGGAGCUCUUCGACAUCCUGUCCCUGCUGGACGCCUCCCUGGUCAGCCACCACCCGCCCGUCAUGGCCGCCACCCUCAGCCUCUUCCUGAGCCUCUGCGCCGACCUUCCUGCCGUCAGCCUGGCAGCUCUGGAUCGAGCGCGAGGCCCCCUGCUGGCCGCCUGCGGGAGCAGCUCCAGGGAGAUGAGGUUUACGGCCCUCUGCCACAUACAGCUGUUGCUGCGUUCUGUCCCUGGCCUGCUGGGGGAACACUACAAACGUUUUUUCUGCGGCUACGCCGAGCCGGCCUUCAUCAAGCAGAGGAAGAUGCAGGUGMUGGUUGAGCUGGUUAACGACGAGAAUGUUGUGAUGCUGCUGGAUGAGCUGAAGGGAUACUGCACUGAUGUCAACACUGACACGGCUCAGGCUGCCAUCUCUGCUAUCGGUCACAUUGGGCGCAGCUACAGCGACAGGUGUCUGGAGAUCCUGACGGGACUCCUCGGACUCAAACAGGAACACAUAACCUCCGCGGUGGUGCAGACGAUGCGCGACCUGGUGUGGGUGUGUCCUCAGAGCAGCGGCACUGUGUGUUCGGCUCUGGAGGGCUGCGAGGAAACGCUGCAGGACAGUCAGGGCAGGCAGGCCUUGCUGUGGCUGCUGGGGGUCUACGGGGAGCGGGUCUCCAGUGCCCCCUACACGUUGGAGGCGUUCAUCGACGGCAUGAGGAGCGAAGCCUCUUUGGGGGUGAAGAUGGAGCUGCUGACGGCCGCCGUGCGACUGUUCCUGUGCCGCCCAGCCGAGACGCAGGACAUGCUGGGGCGACUGCUGCACCACUGCAUAGAGGAGGAGAGAGACAUGUGCGUGCGCGACCAGGCUCUCCUCUAUUACCGCCUGUUGCAUUGUGGGAUUGAAGAGACACAGAGGGUUCUCCAGGGCCGCAGGUCGGACCCCUCCCUGGGCGUUCUGAUCGGACGCCAGGCCGAGCCCAUCGGCCAGUGGGCGAGCAGCUUCAAUACUCUGCAGCCGCUGAAGCAGGACGCUGCGGAGGCGGAGCCAGCCAGCAGGGGCAGUCCUGAACACUCAGCGCCGAAGCUCAAACCAAACGCGGAUCUUCCCGACUUGCUGGACUGUAGCCCCGUCGAGACGGUUCUGUCUGAUUCGGGUCGACAGUCGGACCCCCCCGCCGCCACCGUCACGACGUCCAGUGCCGAGGCCACCAUCACGUUGUGCCUUUCCCCGGCCGUCGGCCCGGAGGAGUUCGAGCGCCUGUGGCUGCAGCGACGCGCCUCGCAUCCAGAACAYGUUUCCUCAAACGAUGAGGACUGCGCGUGGGUGGAAGAAAGCAUCCGGUGUCCGGUGGUGCCUCUUUGCUCCCCGCGAAGCCUCCAGGCCGCCAUGCAGCUCGUCAACAUUCAGACGCUCGCCUUCACACCGCCGCACGUGCUCCCGUGGAGGGUCUUCCUGUACACGCACACCCAGCACACGCCCAACGGCAGCGGCGGCACGCUGGUGCUGGGAGAGCUGCUGUACGCGGGAGAGGCACAUGGGAAAGAUGCAUCUGACCAACAGGAAGUGGUGAAAGAAGAGAGCGAAUCAACAGGAAGUGGAGAGGAGGAAGUAAAGGUGACUGUGAGGCAACAGCCGAGAGAUGCCAAAGCCCUGAGAGCGUUUCUGUCUGUCCUCACCUCCGUGCUGCACGCACUGUCCUCAGAGAAGACCUGAUGAUUCAACACAGAACCACUGACCUGAUGACCAAGUUGGUUUAAGAGCCUACUGAAACUCUGAACUUCCUCUUUAAUCUCCACUAAAAUAAACAUUCAUCUGAGAAAUAAACAUCAAGGAGACCAAUAAAAUCCCAGCAGUUUUUUUUUCCCACGAUGUCUCAGUAAAUAAAUCCAAGAACGUUUCUUAAAA